AUGGCCGAAAUACAUCCGGAGCAGUUUCAUGCGCAACCGCACGCUUUCAACCAAGCACCUCCCAGACCCUCUCAAGAAUCGCAUGACAACGACACCAAGGCUCCGUUGCCCAAGGGCGUCGUUCUCGACAAAGAUGGCAAGCCCUGUCGAACCUGUACCUCGGUCGCCUCAUGGCGCGCACUUACAAGACAAGCCACACAAUCUUCGUCAACGCCCAAGACCGACUCUCCCACUCAAUCCACAACAAUUGCCACGCCAGUGACAGCAUCAAAAUCUACACCGCAACCCUCCGAGAUCCCCUCCGACUGCCCACCCGACGUCGAACAGCUCGGCCGCUCUACAUGGACGCUGCUCCACACAAUGGCAGCUACGUACCCUGAAAAGGCCUCCACAGAGCACCAGGAAGAUAUGCAAGGGUUCCUGAAGUUUUUCUCCAAGUUAUAUCCUUGCUGGGUAUGUGCGGAUGAUUUCCGCGCUUGGAUGGCGCAUCCAAGUGGUCGCAACCAGCCGAAGCUGGGUGGGCGGAAGGAAUUCGGCUGGUGGAUGUGUGAGGCGCAUAAUGAGGUCAAUCGCAAGCUGGGGAAGAAGGAGUUUGAUUGUCGGUUGUGGGAGGAGAGAUGGAGGACUGGUUGGAAGGAUGGUCGAUGUGAUUGA